CCUUAACGUCCAGGCCGUUCUCAGUUGCAGUUCAGAACGAAGGGACUUCGGGAACGCCAGUCCCGUGCUGUGUUGAUUUAGACGAGAGUAUACGGACGUUCGUUUUUUUUUACAUUUUCCCCGUUCGUUUUCAUCCGGUGAUAUCAGUGUGUUUGUUGGACCAUCGAGUGGAUGUAGUAGGUGUAUCGAAUUCCCCGGAUUACCUGCCAUGUCAUCCAACAAUCAGAAAAUCUCCACCACGGAGCGUGUGAUUAAAAGUGUGCCGUUCCCACCGAGUCGCAAAUUGUCGGUGGCCGAGGUGUUUGACACGAAGACGGGCAAACCUCGUCCCGAUGUUCUUAAACAGCAUUUCAUUUUGGAGGGCCGGAUCGAGGAGGCCGCCGCACUCCGCAUCAUCAACGAGGGAGCCGCUCUACUCCGCCAGGAGAAGACGAUGAUCGACAUUGAAGCGCCAGUCACAGUUUGUGGCGACAUCCAUGGACAGUUUUACGAUCUGAUGAAACUGUUUGAAGUGGGCGGAUCCCCGGCCAAUACCAAGUAUCUCUUCCUCGGCGAUUACGUCGAUCGAGGAUAUUUCAGCAUAGAGUGCGUCCUCUACUUGUGGGCGCUUAAAAUUUGCUACCCGACCACCCUGUACCUGUUGAGGGGCAACCACGAGUGCCGGCAUUUGACGGAAUACUUUACGUUCAAACAAGAAUGUAAAAUCAAAUAUUCGGAGCGCGUCUACGACGCUUGCAUGGAGGCAUUUGAUUGCCUUCCGCUGGCUGCCCUGAUGAACCAGCAGUUCCUCUGCGUUCACGGCGGUCUCUCCCCCGAGAUCCACUCGCUCGAUGACGUGCGAAAGUUGGAUCGGUUCAAGGAGCCACCGGCGUUUGGUCCCAUGUGUGACCUUCUCUGGUCUGAUCCCUUGGAAGAUUUUGGCAACGAGAAGAAUGCCGAACAUUUUUCACACAACUCCGUUCGGGGUUGCUCCUAUUUUUAUAGCUAUGCAGCCUGUUGUGAAUUCCUUCAACAGAAUAAUCUCCUUUCAAUUAUUCGAGCGCACGAAGCUCAAGAUGCUGGUUACCGAAUGUAUCGGAAAAGUCAGACGACCGGUUUCCCUUCGUUGAUCACUAUAUUUAGCGCUCCUAAUUAUCUGGACGUGUACAAUAACAAGGCGGCUGUGCUAAAGUACGAGAAUAAUGUGAUGAAUAUCCGGCAGUUUAACUGCUCGCCUCACCCUUAUUGGCUACCCAAUUUCAUGGACGUCUUCACCUGGUCUCUGCCCUUUGUUGGAGAGAAAGUGACGGAAAUGCUGGUCAAUGUCUUGAACAUUUGCUCCGAUGAUGAACUCGUCUCCGAAGGCGAGGAGAGCAUUGAAGACGGCGGCAAAUUGGAACUUACCGGGGAAGCAGCUGCCAUCCGUAAAGAGGUGAUUCGCAACAAGAUUCGAGCCAUCGGCAAAAUGGCCCGCGUCUUUUCCGUCUUGAGGGAAGAGAGCGAAAGUGUACUCCAACUCAAAGGGCUCACCCCUACUGGCUCCCUGCCGCUAGGUGCCCUCUCCGGAGGCAAAGCAACACUAAGAAACGCUUUGCAAGGAUUUUCACCUACACACCAAAUCAGGUCGUUUGAAGAGGCCAAAGGCUUGGAUGCCAUUAACGAGCGCAUGCCGCCUCGCAAUGACGCUCCUCCGCCGCUGCACGCUUCGUCCAAUUCGUCGGGCGUGUCGCCUGUGUCGUCGAAUCCGAUUGCGGCAGCGGCUGCCGCCGUAGUGGCCGAAGUGGCCAGUGCCAAUUCGCACGUGCCCAGCGUCAGCGUCAAUAACAAUGGCGCUGGAGGCAGUGGCGGCGCAGGGAGCAACAAUGUCAAUAGCCACUCGAAAAGCAACUCGCAUGUUCCGGCCGGAAGUGGAGCUGGUGGUGGCCACGGUCACUCCUGAGCCAGUCGGCAGUGAUUUUGUUUAGGAUGUUGGUUUUUCUUUUCUUUUUCUUUUUCUUUUCCCCUUUCGUUUUUUUUUUUUUUUAUGUCGAUUGUAAUUCCCGACGCCACCGCAAGUUCAGCCUGGACGCGACCCGUAGGUCGGUCUCGUUUUUUGACGGAAGAUUGGAGACAUAAAUUGCCGAUGAUGUUGGAAGACGCUAGGGAAACGGAACAAGUGAUGACAUCACGCGUGUGGAAGAACGUGAAUCUUUUGCUACCGCUGUUCAGUUCCCUCAGUCCUUUUUUGCAAUCUUCUUCCUCCUCCCUUUUUUUUUGUCCGUGUGUGUGUUGUCCCGCCGGUUUCUCUUUAGCCAACAUCACACUUAUAUUUCUCUCUCUCUCUCUCUCUCUCUCUCCUCGUCUUGAAAAAGAAAGAAAACAAAAAGCAAAACAAAAAAAUACUAUUGUGUGUGAGUGUGUGUGCGUGUGAGCAUUACGAUUUCUUCAUAUAUAUUCCUUCCUCUCCCAAACUCUCCUCAUCCAAUCACUACGCUCUUGUUAUUAUUUUUUGAAUUAAAUAAUUAUCCCCAGUCCCUAUUUCUCUUUGUCUGUUGAUCAUAUUUCAUAGAUUUUUUGUUCUUGUUUUCUUCCCUUCAAAUCUUUAAUUGUCCCACCAUUAUAUUAAUUUGUUUUUUUUUUCUGUGUGUGUGUUUUCGUGGGUGUCUUUGGGGUGGCGCGCGUUUCGAAAAAAUUUUUUUUUUUGGGUUGUUUUGAUUUAUUUUUGUUUCAAAUUUUGUAUUUUUGUUUCGCGAUAAUGAUGAAUGCUUUAUUUUUUUCCCCAUCAUCUUCCCCACAAUUUUUGCCUCUCGUCGGCUCUCUCUUUAUCUCUUAAUUUUUUCUCCCACGAAACUGGAAAAAAAAGUCACUCGAUUAUUAUUACAAUUAAAAUCCAUGACAAAGAAAAAUAAUACCCAUUUGUUUUGUAAAAAGAAACAAAACGCUUUUUGUGAUUCAUCGAUAUUAUCGGUUGCUACUAGUACGAAUUGCUGAUGGAAAGAGACAAAUUGCGGUGGUGGACGUUUGAUCGUCACUGAAAUGCGCUAAGAGACUUGUGUUUACGGAGGAGAAAGAAAGACGGAAGAAAUCAGCCCAGUCGAUUUGUUGCUGGACAACUAGUCACUGCACAUGCCACCCAGUGGGAAAAGGAGAAGAGCAAAAGAGAGAAAGACUUAAAAAAAAUAUGAGGGAAAUUUGUGUUUUCUUUUUUUUUUUAUUCACACCUAAAAUGUUGUCGUGUUUUUAUUAUUUUGCGUUUUCUAAAUAAUUUAUCUUAUUUUUUUUUUUUUCGAUUUUUGGUUUUAUCAUUUCAAUUCGGGAAAAUGGGCUUUUGUGAUGUGUUUAUCUUGUUGCUUUUUCGACUCCCACCCCAUCCAAAUGUUUUUCUAUCGUUCAAAAUUACCGCCACCAUUUUUUUUAUUGUGUUUUUUUUUUUUUUUUUUUAGCUGUUGUCUUAGACGCAUUAAUUUUCCAGCUUUAGUUUAAAAUAGUUUAUAAAUGUAUUUUAUUUUUUAAUGGCUAAAGGCCCAGGGAAACUUUGUGUGUGUGUGUGCGUGUGUCGUUUUGGAACGACUCUUUUCCUUCGAGUCUCGUUUGGGUACAUUAUUUUUACUUUUUAAGUAUUAUUGUCUAACCUUUUGCCGAGCCCUUUUUUGCCUUUAUAAUGCGUGUAUUUUUAUUGUAAUAUAUAAUAUUAGGAAUUAUUAUUCAUUACAUCGCCCUCCCCCCCCACACACACACGGAGAAAUUGCAAGGCAAGAAUUAAUGGGGACAAAAGAUCACACGUGUACUCGUAUCAAAAGAAUUUCAAUUCUUUGACGAAAUGUUUGUAACCCCUUGCUAGAAAAAGAAAAAUGAUUUACUUUGAACUUUGACACCGUAUUAUCUCCCUCUCUCUCGAAAAUCUUAAUUUUUGCCAUAAAAUUGAGGUGGAAUCAAACCAGUGUUUUUAUAUAUUUACAUUUAUUCAUUUUUCAUUUUAAAAAAAAGAAGAAAUUUAAAUCCCAGUCCAUAAAUGAAGAAAGAAAAAUAUUAGCAGGAAAUUAAGAGAGCCGUCGGGAUGAUAUUUUGUUUUUUGUAUUUUGUUUUGUCUCCUUCUCCUCCCAACCACUACCGCCACUACCCAGAUCGUGUCGAAUGUUUUGACCUUUUUAUUCUAUAUAUUUCACUUGAGCCAUUCUUAUUUUACUUUGGUCCUUUUUGUAAAAUUUUUCUCUGAUACAUAUUUAAGGAAAAAACCACAAAAAAAAACAAACAAAACCAACAACAUCUUUUUAUUCAAUGACAAGACAUGAGUAAAUCGUGAAUAUUUUUUAUUUUAUUUUGUGAUUGUGCGAGUUCUUUUUUUUUCUUCACAUUUUAUUGACAUAAUGAUAACUUUAUCUCUUUUAUCUCGCCCAGCCCUUACCUGUUGAAUGCGUCGACGUGUAAUUGAAUUUUUAAAAACAUUUUUUCGAGAAAUCCCAUUACAUGAAUUCCCCCAUUUAAAACAAAAAAGUAAGUUCUCACUCUCUCUCACUCUCUCUUCAUUGUGGAAAAGAAAAAUUUUAACCUAAAAUUUUCUCAUGUUAUGUAUGAAAAAAAAAAAAAAUGUCGCGUCUCA